AAACGCCAGUACUGGAGCGAUUCCGAACGAAGGCAAGACGCAAGGAUGCAACAUCGACCCGAAAGUAAUCGGACAACUCGACCCGCAUGAUCCGAAUUCCCUUACUUUUUAACUGCAGGAGACCGUGGAUGGCGUGGAGAAGAGCCCCAGCUACGUGAGAGCGUCUGGAACCGCCGCCGGCCGAACAUCUUAGCGCACAAGUGAAGAACCAGAUCGGAAUCCAGGAUUUGAUUGAUGGGGAAGGAAAGUGACGCCUCCGCGAUGGAAAUUGACGAUCCGAAGAAACUGAACUCCUCUGAUCCGAUUAAUAACCCUAAGUUCUCAAUCAACGUGUUGCAACUCUUGAAAUCUUCUCAGAUGAAGCACGGAUUGCGUUUUGGGGACUAUACUCGCUACCGGAGGUAUUGUACUGCUCGAUUGAGGAGGUUGUAUAAGUCGCUGAAGUUCACACACGGGCGUGGCAAAUACAGCAAGAGAGCCAUAACUGCAGCUACGGUCACUGAAGUCAGGUUUCUCCAUGUGAUCCUUUACAUGUCUGAAAGAGCUUGGAGCCAUGCUAUGGAGAAAAGGCAACUGCCAGAUGGCCCAAAUGCACGACAAAGAAGCUACCUGAUUGGUAGGUUGAGGAAAGCAGCAAAAUGGUCUACCCUUUUCGCAGAGUUGUGUGCAAUCAAGGCAGAUUCCAGAACAUCUUUAGAAGCUGAGGCCUAUGCUUCUUAUAUGAGAGGGACUUUGUUGUUUGAGCUCGACCAGAAUUGGGAUGUUGCCUUGAAGUGUUUCAAGAAUGCCAGGGCUGUGUAUGAAGAACUUGGAAAAUAUGGAGACCUAGAGAAUCAGGUUUUAUGCCGUGAGCGUGUUGAGGAACUAGAACCAAGUAUACGAUACUGUCUACACAAAAUUGGCAAGUCAAAUUUACAGGCCUCUGAACUUAUGCACAUUGGUGAAAUGGAAGGGCCUGCACUGGAUCUUUUCAAAGCUAAACUGGAGGCUGUUAUGGCUGAGGCAAGGUCUCAGCAGGCUGCAUCCAUGACAGAAUUUCAUUGGCUUGGUCAUAAAUUCCCAAUCUCUAAUGCAAAGACACGAGUUUCCAUAUUGAAAGCUCAAGAAUUGGAAAAAGAUCUUCAAAGUGCAACAUCAGACUCACUUCCAGCAGAGAAAAGGCUUGUCAUCUUUGACAAAAUCUUUGCUGCAUAUAAUGAAGCCAGGAGCAGUAUCCGCAAUGACUUGGUCACUGCAGGAAAUUCAGAAAAUGUGAAGGAUGACUUAAGCGGGCUAGAUAAAGCUAUUGGUGCUGUUUUAGGACAGCGGACCAUUGAACGAAACCAGCUUUUGGUGACCAUAGCCAAAAGCAAACUUUCUAAGUCCCAUGAUGAAAAAAAUGAUAAAGUCACUAAGCCUGAGGAGCUUGUCAGGUUAUAUGAUCUUUUGUUACAGAAUACAACUGAUCUUUCUGAUUUAGUUAAUUCUGGAAGAGAUAGAAGGCCAGAAGAAUUGGCAUUUGCAGAAGAGUGUGCACUCAAAAGUUUGGCUUUCCGAGCAGAAAGGUGCUUUUACUUAGCUAAAUCCUACAGUUCUGCUGGAAAGAGGACUGAAGCAUAUGCAUUGUACUCCCGUGCUGGCUCCCUAGCUUAUGACGUCCUUAAAAAGUUCCAAAGCCUGAAUAAUGCUGAUCAGGUAAUGAUGAAGGAGUUGAAGAAGUUAUAUGACGACAGCAGGUCUAAUAGCUGCAUAGAGCAUGCAACUGGAAUCAUAGAGGAGGAGAAGGCUCCGGAAAAUCUCUCGAAAAAGAUGGCUACAAUAUCAUUAACUGGAGCAAAUAAGAAGCAGGAAAAAUAUCUUACUGAAAAAUUGGACACCUACGAACCGGCAGUCUCUGAUUCCACCUCAAAAGGAAUUCCUCGCAUCGAAGCCUUCCCACCAGUAUUCCAAGCGAUCCCUCGCAACCCAAUAGUUCUGGACCUUGCAUAUAAUGCAAUCGAUUUCCCUUCCCUUGAAAGCAGGAUGAAAAAAGACAAGAAGGGAUUCAUAAGUAGGCUUUGGCGAUAAACACGGAUCUCCAAUUUUUGCAGAUUUUAAGACCUCCAAGUUCUCUCCUUUUCAGAUUUUAAGUUUUGUGAAUCCUGCUGCCGAUUUUGGGAUCCAUCAUCCAUGUUUGGAGGGAACCUUGAAUGAAAGUUUUCCAAAAAUUUUGACAGUUUUGGCUUUAUUAGUGGAGACUGCAAACAGAAACUUUGACGUUGGACCAAGCAAUUCCCUCAGACUCGAUGGUGGAAACUGUAGAGACAUGGAAAUGGGAAAAAUGUCAUUUUCCUACCUGAAUGAUACAUCUAGUCAGUUUGUUUUGGAAUGCCAUGGGAGUGGUGUAGGAUUUUAUCUAUACAGGGAACCUCGGUUUGGAUAUGAACGAUAUUGCCUUUUGUGAUUUGA